AUGUCCAAUCAUUCGUUAGGCGCCGGGAGUUCACUUGAUGUGCAUAGGUGCCUGUUUCAAGGAGCAAAGAAAGGCUGGCGAGGACUGUGUGGGCCGGCUUCUAUGGACCUGGGCAUAGGCGAACCGCUGUUGCUGCGCACUUCUUCCUUGAGCUCUCAUAGCGAAUUAUUUGCACAGCCAGGACCAGUUUUGUUACAUUUUUUGGCAGUGCAAGGGAUUGUAGCGCCCAUGAAAAGCACUGCCCUUCUCCAAAACUAUGACCAAAUGGAGGGAGUCGGCGGACUUUGUCUCCUUUCAAAGAUUUCAAAGUGGCCCCUCAGGACUAUAUAG